AUGAAGCUGGCACGUGUUUUGGUGCCCGUUGCUGCAUCUCUGGUGUUUCAGCUCGAUGCAGUCGUUUUGGAGGGAAAAAACAAGGAGAGUCUUCCGGACCCGAAUGAGGUCUCAUUGCCUUCAGUGCCCAACGUCGUGGAUGCAGGAAAGGCUGGCUUCCCCGAGCUUCCGGCAGUUUCGACGAUGUUGUCAGACGCGGCACAAACACUGACCGGCAUUUCCACACAAGCGCAACGCUUGCAGACACAGAUGAUGCAGGUGCAGCAAGAGAAUGCUGCACGGAUGCAGCGUCAAAAGGCAGUCUUCGACCGCAAGCUGAAGGAGCAGGAACAGAAGAACUUGGAGGUGGUCAAGGAGAAUGCUCUGAUUGCCAAAAAUAUCAUGGACACAAAAAAGGUGAACGAAGAUUUGCUGCACCAUGCGCAGUCCAUGCAGAAGGGAAAUGCACUGCGCCACAGCGAGCUCAAGAUGCUCCAGGACCAGCUCGCAGCUGCACAGAAGUUCCUAACAGAGUCAGUUGAGCAGACGGACGACACCAAGGCAACAGACUUGGAUGUGCUCGCGGAGGACAGAUCGGAUCUACGAAGGCGCUUCGCCAAAGGGCCUGUCCUUGCUGGCGCUUUCUUCGACCUCCAAUACGGCAAUAGAUCGGUCGAUUUGCUGCCAGAACAACAGCGAGCCGGAGAGUUUGAUCACUAUGCUGGCCAGUGGCAUCAAGGUGGAGACCUCGGACAAAAUGUGACGCGUGAGGUUGAGGAGUGGUGCGGUCGGAGCUGGAGGGCAGGAGUGAAGGAGUCAGCGCACUCAGAGCUUUACUUCCAGGUGGUCGACUCAAAGCAUGACACCUUCGUGGCGUUGCAGCCAUUUCUGGAUCGUCGCCACAACUCUUGGGCAGAGAGGGAUUUCCGCCCUUCUGUCCACAACACGGCAGUCUGCUGUCGAACUGGUGGCUCUACGACCCAUGCUGGAGAGGUGCUGCAACAGCUUUAUCCUUGCAAGAUUGUUGUUGCAAACGACAUUUUGGAGGAGAGAUCCUGGAUAGUAGAGCUCUGGGAUCCUGCGUCCCAUAGUUGGCUCAUGACGCUUCCUGUUCCGCUAGCAGUGACUGCUACAGCUUGGUCAGCGAGUGACGAGUGUGCCUUCUUGCUCGGAUACACGAGCGACGACGAGCAACCUGAGGAAAGCAGUCAUGCGUCUAGGAGCUCGCUCCAUGAUCUCAAGCGCAAGUGCCACUCCCGCGCUGUUGUGGUGUCGUGUAUUGUCGCACGCUUGGUAGUCUUUGCUGCCUUGCAGGACCUUUGCAUGGCAGCCCAAGCUUUGCGUUUCAAUGCUUACGGCACCAACAAGUUUCAGGAGGUACUUCCUGCUCCUUCCGUCUGGCGCACGCGACCAGCCAUGGCACUGGUUGAUGGAAACGUCUAUGUUUGCGGCGGUCUGUUGGCCUGUGGCAGUGCUACCGAUGCUUUCGAAAGCUUUUCAUUUCCCGCCGGCGUCUGGAAAUCGCAGGCUCCCCUGCCCAGUGGUCCCCGCAAGUUCGCCACUGCGGUUGUGGCAGAGAACUUGUUGGUGCUACUUUGUGGUCAAGACGAAGAUUCGGAAGUCCAAGCGGACUGCUGGGACACGAAGGCCCAGCUCUGGCGACGGCUGCCUGCGAUGGACCCUGGUAGAGUAGGUGCCGCUGUGGUUCUUGUGGGUGGCCGUAUUAUGGUCUGCGGAGGCAUUUCGGAUGGCUGUUACUUGGCAUCGGUCGCUUUACUGAACCUGGGGCAAGGACUGACAGAAGCCUCUGGCGGUGUACCUGUUUGGCAGACAUUGCCAUCAAUGCAUGGGCCGCGUGCUGACUGUGCUGUCGCUGUGUCUGGCGGCUGCGUCUAUGUUUGUGGCGGAGAGGAAGGUGCGGGUCCUGCUCUGGCGUCCGUGGAGCGACUGGACUGUAAGCGUAUGGUGGCGUGGGAAUCGCUGCCAGCCAUGGCUGUAGUUCGAGCUGGUGCUGCUGCAGUGGUUGCUGCUGGGCAUCUGCUGGUGUUCGGUGGUUACAGCCACGAGCCUCUGCGCCACAAUCUGCACGGAAUAUAUGCGCACUUUGAGACAACCUAUUUUUGA